CCUAAAUCAUGUGUCCGGGAAGGUGUAGGCCAGGCUCUUCCCCCCCACCACCUACCUUUUGCCUACUUCAUCCAGAAAGCAGUGCGGCGGCAAAAUGGCGCCUGGAGUUAGGGGUUUGAGUGGUAAUGCUGUUCUCGCCCAGCUGUUCCUCAUCAGCGCAGUCCUGAUAACUGGUAUCCUUGGUGAUCGGUUCAGUGUAUUGAGGGCCUCACAGUCUGUUCGUUUCCAAGACGCCGGACCUUUGCCUGGGGGCCGCAUUCCAGAUGUUGUGUCUUUGUCUAUGGGCUUUUCAGUUGAUGAGGAUCUUUUAUGGCCUGGACUUGCUCGUGGCAGCUUGUUUCAUCGACCAGGUGCCAACUUUCUAGUGACUGUAAGGGGAAUAGAAGAACUGAUUUUGCCCAAGAGUGAAAUUUCAUACGUUGUUGAAAAUCCAGUCCCUUUCACCUUGGAUAGUAUCUCAAAUUCUAUCCACUCGCUGUUCUCUGAAGAAACACCGGUCAUUCUGCAGUUAACUCCUAGUGAGGAGAGACUGUACAUGGUGGGAAAGGCAAAUACCAUUUUUGAAGAUCUUCCUGUGACAUUACGACAGAUGCGAAACCGCUUGUUUCAGGAGGACUCUGUUCUGGGCUUGCUUCCUCAUAACAGUCUGAAUAAAAAUAAUGAGGUUGACCUUCUGUUCCUUUCAGAAUUGCAAGUUCUUCAUGAUAUUUCUGCAUUGCUAUACAGGCACAAACGUUUGGCAAAGGACCGUUCACCUGCCCUAUAUUCACUGGAACUGGCAGGACUGGAAGAGAUUAUAAAGCGUUAUGGGCAGGACUCCCAACAGUUCCGUGAUGCUGCCCAAAUCCUUGCUUCAGUCAUCCAGAAGUUUGCAGAUGAGGUAUUCUCCAUUUACAGUGGAAAUGCUGUGAUCGAAUUGUUGACUGUAAAGAAUUUUGAUGCCCCCCUUGUGAGGAAGACUCGAUCUAUCCUAGAGGUUCCAUCCACAAAUGACCCCAGUCGUACAUAUGGUUUGGCCUACCAAUACAACUAUAACUAUGCUGUUGUGUUCAAUAUUGUCCUCUGGUUGAUGAUAGGCCUGGCUUUAGCUGUGAUCAUCGUUGCCUACAACCUGUGGAACAUGGAUCCUGGUUAUGAUAGCAUUAUCUAUAGAAUGACGAGCCAGCGAAUUAAAAUGGAAUAAACCAUUUGCUUUGCAUCCAAUCCAAAGAAUCCAGUCAAUGAAAAUGAUGUACAUUUCUAAAGUUCUAGAGAAGUACCAAGAAGACUAGAGUUUGCUCUUGCCAGGGAGUGUUCUUUCAUGAUUAUGGUAGUGGGAGAAUAAUAAAAUUCGCUCUUGGGUAUUAAAGUUAAAUAUUUCCAUAGUACCACCUUUAAAUUAUUUGUCUGUCAUGGCGAUUUAUUUCUAACUCUGAAAUUGAGCUGAAUGCUUGAUCAAGAAUUUUCUUUGAUUUCUUAUUAUGAUAGUGGUUUAAGUAGAAGGGAAGAACGUGUUCUUGCAUUCUGGACUAGAAAAAUAGCCAAACAUGAAUUUAAUUUUUUAAUAACCCAUUCCAUUAGAUAAAAGCCUUGUAAUUCCAUUUGAAGUAUCCUUCUGUUUUGGAAUUAACUUUGUAUGUGUUAGUACAGUUUCUGCUUUUGUAAAUCACUACUGGACAGCUUACUGUUUGUUAGGUUCAGUUUGUUAUUUUCAUAUUGAAAUAGUUCAAAAUCAUGGAUAGACAUGGCAGCUGUGAUCAAAAAUGCACUGCAACAGAUGAUCUGAUUUUAGGAAAUUUGAUUGUGAAAUGAUUUGGCUUCUUUAUUUUCAUAGUGAAUGUGGUGUAAAGAUAUAAACGGCUAUGCAGACUCCUGAACGGGGUGGUCAUGUGUUUGUGUGCUUCACUUGUAACUGUUAUAGCUAUGUUUGGCAUCAAAUAAAUCCGAUAGAAAUUA